GCAAGAGCAACACAAGCAAAGAGAUUGAAGCAGAGAGUGCAUUGAUAUAGAAAGACGAGCAUUGGAUGAGUUUGUUGCAGCCCAGUUACAAGUAAUGUGACCUUUUUCAGCAUGUCCAUUGCAACAUAAAUGCUGGCCUAUUAAUUAACUCCUAGUUAUCUAACAACAGACCCUUUCUUGGGUUAAUGGAUGCUGAAGACGGAAGUGAGGUCUUUGCACAAGACCAGAACCCUGUGAUUUCAGGAGAGGAAGAUGAAGAGGAAGAGGAUGAGGAAGAGGAUGCCAACAUUUUCAAUGCCUGGAUGCAGCGGUACAGAGGUAGCGAAAAGCAGAAGACAACUGAUGAAGAGCAAGAGGAGGAAGUGGAAGAAGGUAGAGCUGAAAGCAGAACCAGCUUGGAGUCAGCAGCUCGUCUUCAAACCAAGCGCCGAUCAUCUCUGCCGUGUCCGGCGACUCUCACGACCAUGCAGCUCGCUCGUCUGCAUUCCUGCACCAGAGCUCCCGUGACCGCCAAGACUCUGCUGCGACGUUCCUCCUCUCGUCGACUGCUGCCAUCUCAGCAGGAGGGAGCCUCUUGUGCGCCUGCUGCUGAACGGAGACCCUCUCUCAUACCCACAAUCCCAGAGACCAUUGCGCCUGAGAAAAAGAGCCAGUUCAGGAGACGCAACGUCAUGUCUUUGAGCGAUGCAGACAGCAUGUGUCUGAUCUGCCACCACGACCUGAACCGAGGAGCCGGCGGGGUCCGAGAGUUGCAGUGCACACACACUUUCCACAAAGAGUGUAUAGAGGAAUGGUUAUGGAGGAAGCAGUCAUGUCCUACAUGUCACAUCCAAGUCCUCGCGCCUCAGCAGGCGGCCUACUGGAGCUCCACAAGGGUGAUAGUCCCCUGAGACACAGAUUCGCACCCACUGGAGCUCCAUCAAAAGGGGGUCAAUCAAGGCUGCAAUGGCCUUUAAAAUUCCCACACAUCAUGCAACAAUGGCAUGGUCAGCAAGUGACUUGAUAUAGACCAUAUUCAAGACUACCGUGGGCACUGGGAGGCUGUGUUGAUAUUUACACUUAUUUUCUGUACAAUGAUUCAAUCCUCUGUACUCUCCACUGCUCAAAACGAACACCACACUCAAUGAUGAGUGCUAGAGGAGUCAUGUCUGUAUUAUGGCGGGCUAAAGUUAGCCCACUAAUGCUAUUUAGAGGAUAAGUAGAUGUACACCUUCUAACAUGCAGCAAGAGAUGAAGAACAUACCAACAAAGAAACUGAAGACUAAACAUAGGAAGAAGAUGAGAUGAACUUUGUGGUACACAUGUUGAGUCAAGUUCAGGAUAAUAGAAUGAACUGAGUUGGUAACUUUAAGAGGAAAAGUUGGUUUUAGCUAAAAAUCAAAUGGUUCUAACACUUUGACGUGCCUGCCCCCUUAUCACGUGUUAAAUUAAACAACUAACUGAAUCUUUAAUAAUUUGCUUACGUAUUUCCUGUAAUGGUUGGUGAGCCAUUCCUAAAAAAAA